UGGUAUCCUCUGAGUUUAAAUGACACCAGCAGCUCACUGAAAAGUGUAAGGUUCAACUAUUCAACUAAACAAAAUUACCCGUGGAUGCCACUUGAGGUGAAUGAAAACGUUUUGUAAUAUUUAGUCGUGGUAUCUAGCAGCACUAACCGACUGACACAUACGUUGUAACUGUUUGCAACAUGAGCCGAUAUUUAACAAGGCUACGAGUGAAGAGGAGCUACAAAUGGAAAAGUAGACCCAUCAGUGUUGAUAGAAGAUUGAACACACAGUUUUAUGAAUCGUUGAUUAUUCAAGUGGAAGGAAAACCUGUAGACACCGUUGUGACUUUGGGCCAGUACAUUCUCAUUGAAGGUGAUGACGACGACAACCCAUAUGUCGCUCAGCUUCUGAAGUUGUUCAGUGAUGCGGAUGGCACGGUGAAGAAGGCAAAAGUGCAGUGGUACAUACGCUACUGCGAGGUGCCGCAUAACAAAAGAAAGCUGCUCAGCAGGUCUGCACAUGCUCAGGAGGUCUUCUACUAUAAUCACUCCUCAUGUGACAGUGAGGUGGAUGCAGAGACCAUCUUGGGCACAGUUGAGGUGAAGCACAUUCCAGGGGAGCUCCCUUUCCCUGACGCCAGUCAAGACACUCUCUUUGUCAAGCUGACAUGGGACACCAAGGCCUUCAAGUUGUUCGAUCCAGACCUCAUGAAACCACUCCAGAAUGCCACGAGUCCUCCAUCCAAGCAGAUGCUCCAGUCACCCGUGCAAAUGAGUCCCACGUUAACGCCACCCGUCACCCCCAAAGCUCGGGGCACCACGCCGCGCGCGCUGCCCACGCCGGACCCCGUGGUGAUGAAGCGGGCCAGCUCCGCCACGAGCCAAACUCCCUACAAGCGCGGCUGCAUGAGCACGGGACGGAGGAACAGCCGCGAGGCCGAGUCCAUUCACUCGGCCUCCAAACUGUCGGCCUCCAAGCUGCUGAGCGGGAAGAGGCGCGGGCGGAUCGCCUCCGAGCCAGCAAUCCGCAAGAAGCUGGAGCUCAGCAGUCCAGGUAAGAAGAUGACCAGGGACGACGUGCUGGGAGAGCUCCUUGAUGAUGACCUGGCCCAGGAGCUCACCACCUCUCCUCCACGUGCUUUGAAGCUCACCAUACGCCUGACUCCCCUCGGUAUCAAACAGCCGUCCUCCAGAGACGAGGAGGAGGAGGACGACGACGACUUCUCCCUUCAGCCUCUUAGCCAGAGUCCUGAAAAGCCCACACCUACUGCUGUGGACGAGCAGGAUUUAGCAAGUCUAGGGGUAUGUCCCCUGGAGGAUUCUGCUGAUGAGGGAGUGACGGCGCUUCCAACCCCACUGCGGAGAAGGGCUACUCCCAGGAGAGGCAGUCUGAGGAGGCAGUCAAGGACCCCUUCGCAGAGGAAGAGCUCCUCUGAUCUCCUGCGGGAGCCGUCGCUGUCCGUGCUAGCGGAGGAGGAACACGAGGACUCUCCUGUCCAGACUGCAGCCACCCCUCGCUCCAGGAGGAAGUGUGCGCAGCUGGUGUCCUCGCGAAUCAGGAAACAACUUGGUGUUGAGGAGCGUGAUGUAGUGAGGUUAGACAGUGAGGACGGUGAUGACGGCGAUGACGAUGCCUUCGUUCCAUCGAAAAUCGACCUCAACAGCAGCAGCGAUGAGGAAGUAGAUGCAAAAGUGGAGAGUGACGAUGAAGUUGUGAUAGUUCGCAAGACCCGAAGGCUGACUGGGUCUCGCACCCCGCAGGCCACAGAAAAAACACGUUCCUCUACCAGGACCCCACGGAAGACUCCCAGCAAAAAGCAGACUGCUCCCACUACCCCACGGACACCGAGAACACCGAAAACACCUCGUCAUGCAACGCCCGUCAUCCCUAGCCGGAGUCAGCCUGCCAAAACGCCAGGGAAUGUCUUGGAAGAAGCACGUGCAAGGCUGCACGUGUCUUCAGUCCCUGAAUCUCUGCCGUGUCGGGAGCAGGAGUUCCAGGACAUCUAUAACUUUGUGGAGAGCAAGGUCAUCGAUGGCACUGGAGGGUGCAUGUACAUCUCUGGAGUGCCGGGCACCGGGAAGACGGCCACCGUGCAUGAGGCCAUCCGCUCACUGCAGCAGGCAGCGGAUCUGGACGAGAUCCCACAGUUCCGUUUCAUUGAGAUCAAUGGCAUGAAGAUGACCGACCCGCACCAAGCCUAUGUCCAGAUUCUGCAGAAACUCACCAAUCAGAAGGUCACGCCGGACCAUGCAGCCAGUCUUUUAGAGAAACGCUUCAGUAAUCCUGCUCCCAAGAAAGAGACUACUGUCCUACUGGUCGAUGAGCUGGACUUGUUGUGGACCAGGAAGCAGAAUGUGAUGUACAACCUGUUUGAUUGGCCAACACGUCGCCAUGCUCGUUUGGUAGUGCUGACCAUUGCCAACACCAUGGAUCUUCCAGAGAGAAUCAUGAUCAACCGCGUGGCCAGUCGCCUGGGCCUCACUCGGAUGUCGUUCCAGCCGUACACCUUUAAGCAGCUGCAGCAGAUCAUUGCCUCCAGGCUGAACAGGGUGCGGGCAUUUGAGGAGGAUGCCCUCCAGCUGGUGUCCAGAAAGGUGGCCGCGUUGUCAGGUGACGCCAGGCGCUGCUUGGAUAUCUGCCGCCGGUCCACAGAAAUCUGUGAAUUCUCAGCCAAUCCCAAGAGCGGCACGGGAUUGGUUGGAAUGAGUCAUGUGAUGCAAGCACUGGAUGAAAUGUUCUCGUCCGCCUACAUAACUGCCAUCAGGUGUGCAUCCGUUCAAGAGCAGCUCUUCCUUAGGGCCGUGAUCGCAGAGUUCCGACGCCUCGGUUUGGAGGAGGCUACGUUCCAACAGGUUUUUGUGCAGCACCAGGCUCUGUGCCGUGUGGAGGGGCUGCCGCCGGUCAGCGUGUCCGAGUCGCAGGCGGUGUGCCAGCGUCUGGGCGCGUGCCGCCUCCUGCUCCUGGAGCCCAGUCGGCUGGACCUGCUGCUGCGCGUGCGCCUCAACGUCAGCCAGGACGACGUGCUCUACGCCCUCAAGGCCGACUGACCGCCUGGCCCGCUCCCCGUGGCUUGAGCUUGAGGGUGCUGGGACGAACUUGGGCUUAGCGCUCUGUGUGACCUUAAGCCUGACGGGACUGCGCUCACCUGAAAUCCAGCCCUCACACAGCUUCACUCACCUGUGUCUACUGACUACGCUCAACUCAGCUCUGAGCCCUGUCGGAUGAGUGAGAUUUAGACUGAGCACUUGAAGUAGCCAUUAUCCUAGGCAUUCUUAUCAGUCAGGAUGGCAUGUUUUAUUGCCAAAAAACUAAGUACACUUUAAAAGACUUCAAUGCUGCAGGUAACAGAUCUUUUUCCACUCGCGUCCAAAUAUGAGCUCCAGUUAAUCCUUUGUCUGUGGCUGCAUCAUGGGGUCUCCUGGGCCUCACCAUUGAAGUCUCCUCACUGACCCCCUCUAGAGGACACUGGGUGGUAAGUGCAGGAAAAAGUCUUAAAGGGUGAGCCAUGUUGAGUUUCACAGAAUUGAAGUGGUAUGAUACAUGUGACUAAUGUAUGGUCUCUGAAUGUGAGGUUUUUUGAGUGAGUCAUGUUUUUCGUGUGGGUCCCCUGCGGGUUUGGCUUUUUUUUAAAAAGAAAGGUUUUAAUUUUGAGAAUUCUCACAGUUUUUGAGACCAGUAAUGUGAUGCAUACUGUUCGAACUGUUUGCCGUUAACCCUUCAACUGAAAAUCAUGUCACUAGAAACAUUAUGUAAAACUGUGAAUGGUCUUGGGGCCUAUUUUGACAGUUUGACUUAUUUUUUAUUUUAAAUUAUUUUUAGAAAGGGAGAGUAAGUCUUCCCCGUGUGUAUUAAGAACAGUGUUCAGUAUUUUAAUAGGGUAUAGGUGAUUGUGCUGUCUUGUCUUGUCUUGGAUUUGCAUCCGCUGUCUUGAAUUCUUUUGCUUGAUACUUGUGCUUUUAUUCUCAAAGCAAUUUUUUAAAUGUAUGUAUGUAAAUGUAUUUGUGAAUUUAAUAAAGAUUGAGUUUUGGAA